CGGUAGCUAGUCAAGCAGCACUCAAGCUUAGAUGCAGAUCUCUGAAACUGACAAAAAAAAAGGGACCCUCAACUGACAAGGUACGUUGAAAAAAAUAAGCUUUAAAAGCCUCUUUUUUUGGUGAUGUUAACAUCAUUUUCUUAUGAUUUCACGGCUAGGACAGUAACCUACUAACCCACUUUGAUUAUUUCUAGUUUUCUUUGAGGUUCAAGCUCUUUUCUGGGGAGCUUCUUUUUUUAAACGCUUUUUGACAAAAAAUGAACUGGAGUGCUGCAGGCAGCUGGUUCAAAAGUCAUGUAACAUUGAACAAUUUGUUCAGACUUUUUCUGGGUCAAGUUGUUUCUUUUGUUCUUGCUCUUAUGAGUUUUACUUCUUCUUUAAUAGCCAGUCUUGGUGUUGAUGCGCCUAUCACUCAGACUUCCUUCACUUACUUCAGUUUGGCUGUGGUUUAUGGUAGCAUCUUGCUCUACAGGAGACAAAAGCUAAGGAUUCCUUGGUAUUGGUAUCUCGCCCUUGGCUUUGUUGAUGUUCAAGGGAAUUACCUUGUUAAUAAAGCAUACCAGUUCUCCUCAAUCACUAGUGUGACACUGUUGGACUGCUGGACCAUAGUAUGGGUAAUAAUUCUCACAUAUUUUUUCAUAGGCACCAGAUAUUCUCUAUGGCAGUUACUUGGUGCAGCUCUGUGUGUGCUUGGUCUUGGUCUAGUGCUCCUUUCUGAUGCUGGGGUGGGUGGUGGAGGCGGUUCAAAACCUCUUCUGGGAGAUGUGCUUGUCAUUGCUGGCACACUCUUCUUUGCCAUGAGCAAUGUUGGUGAGGAAUUUUGUGUUAAGAAAAAAGACCGUGUUGAAGUGGUUUCCAUGAUUGGUCUUUUCGGCAUGCUAGUGAGUGGCGUUGAAUUAUCCAUAUUUGAGCUAAAGACCCUGGAAUCUGUAACAUUGUCCACAGAUAUCAUACUAGCCCUUUUUGGAUACACAUUGUCAAGUUUUAUGUUCUACACCAUCACGCCCUUUGUUCUAAAGUUGAGUGGAGCCACAAUGUUUAAUCUCUCUCUGCUCACGUCCGACAUGUGGGCAGUCGUCAUUCGAAUCCUUUUCUAUCGCCAGCAGGUUGAUUGGCUAUAUUUUCUUGCUUUUGCAUUUGUAGUCAUUGGACUCAUCAUCUAUUCAGUGACUGAUAAGGACCCUGUCCCUGAAGCACUUGUCGAGGAUGGAAACGACAGUAUAAAAUACGAAGUGCUUAAUGAUGAAAAUAUAGCAACGAGGGACGAGUCUUUGGCCUCAUGACUGAUCAAGGAAGGUAAGGGGGUUGGUCACGGCAGUUUUAUGUCCCCAGAAUGCCUUGUUUUUUCCUUUGUUCCCCUUCAAUCUUUCGAUCAACAGCAAGAGGAGCUUCAGUUUGGAAAGAUGAAGAGAAACUAUCUAUAAUAUUCCAUGAUCGGAAUGCUGAACUUGUCCAUUGAUGAAAUGAAGCAAUCACCUACUUGGUAACUCAAACCCAUCCAAUUUGACGUAUUCUCUGUAUUUCUAUUUGAUAAAAGAAGGAAUCGUAUCUUCUAUUGUAAUUUUAUUUUCAGCCAUGUCUCCUUUCUUCAUUUUUUUCUUAAUCUGACUGAAAACUCUCUAUUACAUUUGUAACUAAAUGACAUUGAGCCACGAGGAUAAGGAUU